AUGGGUUGGUUGAUGAACUCCAUCAAACCGUCAACGUCAACGCCAGAAAUUAAUCAAUAUUUUGCGCAAAUUUGGUACAAAGAUGCGCACGAUUUCAAAUCCAAUUUAAAUCACGAAAAGGCGACGACUCCAAGACGGUUUGUCGCGACCGAGAGAAUUGUCGUUAUGGGCGGCGGUCGCUCUGGGGUAUCCGGAUACACCUCUUCCAUCACGAAUGGCACAUCAUGGCUACCUUCCUCAUCGAAUGCAAUUCAUUCUCAAAAGACUUACCAGAAUAAAAACAAUACUCCUCCGCGAUCGCAUACUUCAAGUAUAUUCGAUGCCACAAUGGCUGACUCGGCCAACGUACAGGAGGAGGAAAGUCAAAGGACAAUAUUCAGAGAAUUAUAUCGCCGCAGCGAGUUAAAGUUAGCUGGCUUAUUUGGAGCCGGAGACUUUACUGCAGAUGACGACGAAGACCAAAAUGUCUCGGCACAAAAUAUACAAUUGGUCGAGGAUGCAACUGUCAUCGAGCGAGCUAAGCAAGCACAACCACCAAAGAAACCGGCGCGCGCCAUAGACGAGGACAAUUAUGAUGAUGACGAUGAUGAAGACGAGGACGGUCAGCAAGAUUCUCCCACAAAGGGGAGAGGUGCAAAUGCUUUGUUGUCGCCCUCGAAGUCUGGGAGUUCUCCAAUUCAAUCCGACUCCUCCUCCUCAAAGAACGCGGAACAAAAAAAGGGUGACACUGCGGGCGACCAACCUAAAACAUCCGAAGAUGCGCGCAGGAUAUUGGAAGAGGAGAAGAAGGCUGUGGAAGAUGCUGCCAAGCGCAGUUUCAAUACCGUAUUCUACACGUUGGAGAAUGAUCGGAUUGCCAUGCUAGAACAGCAGAGGCUGGAGGAAUCCGAAAGGCAAACUGACGCGGAGAUGGACAGCCAUGGAACUGCUGGACCUGCCAGUAGUCGACAGGCCGAGCAACAUAGUUCUCUGGCCAAUGCCGAGAUGGGCGCAUCGAAUUUGACGUUGAAGAACCUCUUUGCUCGCAUUGACGCAAAGCGUGACAGGGUUAAAGCUACAGAUGCAGAGUUGAGGGCUUUGAUCAACGAAGUCCGUAAGAAUAGAAGUAAAUGGGCCAAUGAAGAAAAUGUUAAUCAGGAAGAAUUAUACGAGGCGGCGGAGAAGGUUUUGAGUGAACUCAAGGCUAUGACAGAAUACUCGGCUCCCUUUCUUGUCAGAGUAAACAAGCGGGAGGCUCCUGAUUAUUACAAUGUUAUCAAGCACCCUAUGGACCUCGGCACCAUGACUAAGAAGUUGAAGUCAUUGGUAUACAAAUCGAAGAAGGAAUUUGUUACUGAUCUUGACAUGAUAUGGGAAAACUGCCUCAAGUACAAUGGCCAAGACAAACAUCCUUUGCGAAAGAAUGCGGAAAAUAUGAGGAAAGAGGCAGCAAAACUUAUCCCUUUGAUUCCAGAUCUUAUUAUUCGACCACGGGCGGAAGUGGAGGCAGAAGAACGUCGCAAGCAAAAUGGAGGUGAUGAUGCCGACGAAAGUGACGAUGAGCCUAUCAUGUCUUCUCGAGGUCGAGGUGAAGGUGGUCGAGGGGUAAAAGGAUCUACCAAGACACGGAAGAACGCUUCUGGACGUGACGCAAGCACUCCAGGAAUCGAUCAGAAACCUGCUAUUCAACUCAACGGAGUCCUUGGAAAUCUUAACCGUGACGGCUCUGAAGUAGACGGUAGCCAAAAUGGCUUCUCUACUCCAAUGCCUGGAUCCGUCACACCUGGUGGUAUGAAUGGCGUUGCUAGUCAGGUUGAUGGCAUGGAUAUCGAUGCUCCUUCGAUCAACGGUCUAGGUCUGGCUCAGGGGUUUGCAGCAGAAGAUGUUUAUGAGGACGAAGAGUACAAGAUCUGGAAACAGGUUACUAAGAAAAAUCGUGCUACGGUUGCUAAAGAACGAGCCCGAUUGUUUAAAGGUGAUAAGUUGAACCCAGAUGAGCCUGCUCUUUUGCGAAGUAAAGCCGGGAUGAGGAGGUGGCUACGCCAACGAAAGCAAAACGACCCUAAUGGCACAAGUUUCGAAGGUGCCAGUGAAGACAAAGCUGCGAAACAGGGCGCGGAGACUCUUGCCGAAGGUAUGGAGGGUGAAGAAGAACAAUUUCUGCCUGAUUACUAUGACCCGUUAUCGGCUAUUCCGGAUAUUAAUCCAAAAUUGCAAUGGGUGGAGGAUGCAGAUGGUCAUCUAGUUGAGCAGUCGGGAGAAUUUCUUCGGAUGGUACCUGCUGGUCACUUUACAGCACCGAAGAGUUUUUUAACCGGUAAAGUCGAGGCCAAUAUGAAACAAAUGCAAGAAACAAGAAAAUUGUGUUCCAAAAUUGGCGUCAUAAAGCAAAUGCAAUUGCAGGCGCAGAUGUAUAACAAUCAAUUUCCCAAGUACGAACCCAAACCAUUUAUAGAAACAGAUAUCGAGCCACAUGUCACUUCAGACGAUGGUCCUAUCAUGUCUUCAUGGGUCUGCAAAGCUGCAAUGCAACGAUCCGUCGCCAAGUUGUGUUACCAUGCUGGUUUCGAAGAACUGCAGCCAUCUGCUUUGGAUGUCAUAACUGACAUUGCUGGAGACUUCUUUGGUAAAUUGGUCAAAACUUUUGGUAUCUACCGAGAAGCGCACAAAGUCCCCGCUGCACCUGGCUCUCGAAGUCAAUGGCAAGAACGUUAUACCAACGAAGAAGUCGUCUUGCAUAGUUUGGGUGAAAAUGGUUUGGACAUCGAAGCCUUGGAGAGCUAUGUCAAGGAUGAUGUUGAGCGUCUAGGAUCUAAACUCUCAGUCAUGCACGAACGCAUGAAGUCUCAUCUUGCAGAUUUACUCCGACCGGCUCUUACAGAUGGUACUCAGGAUGGAUCCGGAGCGUUCAACGAAGGUAGUGAGCAAUUUGUUGGCGGUGACUUUGCUGCAGAACUUGGCGAAGAUUACUUUGGGUUCAAAGCUCUUGGUUUGGACAGUGAAUUCUCGAUGACGAGCCUUGGCGUACCACUGCAUCUUCUCCAUACGAGAGUAUACAAUACCUAUCAGGGACCCGUCGUAGCAGCGCCACAAGCUGAAAUAUUCACACAACUGGCACCUCUACCACCCAUCUCCAAAGAAAGCAUCACCAGUCAAAUUGGCCUGGUCAAGAAUUUCUUCCUCGCCAAGUUACACGCGAACGAUGAUGAACCUCUACUAGAGGACGAAGAGCUCACUGGAAAACAAAAACCAACGCGACCACGUCUGGGCCCCACGGGCAAAAUUACCAAUCCUCGUAAACGUCCACUGAAAGAACAGAGCGGCAAUGCAAAGAAGAAGAAGAAGCUCGAUAAUGGCACCGCGGUAGAUUCACAAUCCUCGGUCAAAAUUGCAGGUGCAAGUGUAAGUCCGCAAAAGGGAGAUGGUACCAAGAAUGGCAGGACCGGUUUGUCAAAUGGGAAUGGGAGCGGGAGGUCGAUUUCUAUGGAUCGAGCGGAGAGUCAGGAUAAUAAUAGUCCAGUUGAAAAAGAUGAUGGGACUAUGGGGCCGAUGAGUCCGGAGAGUAUUGAGAGGUAG